AUGCCAGUCAUUAUUCGAGAGAAGGGUGGUAGGGCUGAGCCCCCGAUACUGCGCUAUAGAUACCAAUGGAGCGAGGCACGUCAAGAGGAAUAUGAACUGCAUCGACUUCCCCAGAAUAUUGAGGAUAAACCUAUACAAAUAUUUUGGGCUGCAACUCCUACGAAGCAGGAGGCAAAACUCAUUGAAGCCGGGUAUAAUCAGCUUACAACCAUAACCAAAACAGGUCGUAAAAUUCAAGGCUUUCUACAUGAUCGUAAGGGCUAUGGUGUUCAAGUCAUUCACCGAUCAAAAAAAGCUCUCACAGCAAUAUCAGGAGUUGCAAUUUUGCGUUCUUGCAAACGUCUUAAUAAACUGGGAGUUGCGGUACUUUAUGGUGAAAACUCUUUUCUUUUCGACACACGCGGUUCUCCAAGCUCUACCGGGCCUCAAAGUGUUGUCACUAUGGACCAGCUCUCGUAUGAUUUCGAUGAAAUUCCAGGUCAUCGGCGUAAGGAUGGAACCAUGCCAACUGCAGAACAGAUUUCUCGCUCUAUUGCUACGAUCUUCCAACAGGAUCAAGACAAAUUGAAAUUCGCUUAUAAAGGCCUAGAAAAAAACGAACAGAAAUCGAAGUUCAUUUACCAGGACCCGUUCACAAGAUUCCUGAUGGAAAUUGGCCGGAAAUAUGCUUCGAAGCUCACCAAAAUUAUCAUUCAGGGCAAAUUUAACUGGAUCAUCGGUAAAUGGCAAUACACAAAGUCUAUCCCAGUUGGACUUCAUGACCUUCUUCCAAUCUAUACUAUCAUUCUCAAAGAAGUUUGUGAAAACAUUCAUACCAUAAUUUUACACGACGACGACCGGGGCUAUCCUCAAAUGAAGCAGCUGGAUCCGCGAAGUAUAGACAGGAACCAGCAAAUAAAUGAGUCUGUCGAUAAACUGGUUCAUGCACUUCCAUAUCUAAAAAAAAUACAAUUAGGCCAAUACGAGUUCGUACCAGCCGGGUGUGGAUAUGAUCCGGGUACUCCUGGUAGUGAUAUCAUAAAGUUGGUGCACCCAGAAGAUGAGUGGGGGAUGGCUUUGAAAUGGGUGAGAAUCGUUGAAAAACGUGCCCAGAGCCGCGCAUUGGCAGAGUCAGAAUGCGAAGACAGAAAGGCGGAUAGGGAAAAAACACGAAGUUGA